AUGUCUAAUGUCAUUUCUACCUACAUUCUCUGGGGGAUUGUGCCCUUGGGCUGGCCCGUGGUUGCCAAUGAAAACCUCUGGAAUUGGUCGGAAAUCAACUCCACGCUUCCUGGCUGUUCUGUUGAGUCUUUCCUGUGUCCCGGUAGACUGACUGGUUCAGUCCGAAUGCAGACAUCAGAAUUCGGUGCCACGCAGGCCUAUUGA